GCGAAAAAAGGGUUGCACCUGCUCGAACCGAGGAGCUCUCCCAUUGCGCUCUAACAUGCCGCCUCGUGGUGCCAAUCGCUUGUUUUUACGAGGACGAUAAUGCAAUCUCGAUCGUAAGGAUCGCGUCGCGAAGGUAUCCGGAGCGACGACAUCGCAUCGUCGAGCAAUUAAAUGAGAAGUGAGAGCGUAAAAGCGAUGUUUGCAUCGUUAUUGAAAACGGCUACUUUGCAUUUUACUCUCGUGAACGUGCUGAAUUCGAUUCGUGCGUUAAUCCUACGUCGUUAUCCCACGUUAAAUCCUACGUUACAUAAAUGGUGCGCGCGCUUAUUUAAUCCGCUGUUUAAAUAAAUGAAAAUUAUAUUUUAGCUGUCUUCCUUUUUCGGUGUAAACUUCUUCCGAGCUUCGAAAAAAUCGCCGAAACUGUGUCAUCGCGAGCUGUACGCUUCGAAACUAGUCGAUGAUCGAAUUUAUUAAUCCUUCCUUAGCCGAGUGACGCUAAGUUUUGCCGAAAGACCACGUGAGGUAUGCGAAUGGAGGGAAAAACAUAACGGAUCUAAGAGAGUCGCCAGCGAUAUAUGACGACUUGCGAAGUUCCUAGUGACUAUAUGGCAACGUCCACGGUGGUGGAUCAUCAUGAGAUCGUCGAGAAAACUUCUCAGGACGUUUCCGAGCUCAUUUCCAUGAACGUCUGUCCGCCGAGUAGUUUCCCAGACAAGUUUCAAGAUUUCUUCGCGGCACUUACCGAAGACGGGGACGACUUACCCAGCAUGCUCGAGAACAAACUCAUACCGAGAAAAGUAGACGCCACAAGCGUGGACGCAAAAAACCGGCGAUGCAGCAAGAGAACUGUUCAGAGGCGAAGCAGCGAGGUGGAGGUUCGCCUUCAUCGCACCACGUUGUCCGGAUCUCAGGGUCACAGCUGCGCGGAUGGACUGAAAUCGCCGAUCCCUUCCAGACGCAGAAGCUCCAGCAUCGCGGUCGCCAGACCAACGCCGGAUCUGCAUAGAUUUCUGCAAGCGGAGGCUGGUCCCUGGGGUCACCUGUCACCCUCAGCCAGAAGCCCCACCAGGACACCGGCGUUGAGUCCUGGCGCCGUGUCGUCCUCGUCGCACCUGAGCGCGAGUGCGAGUCCAUGCGGACCCAGUCCGACGAGUCCUUCCGGUCCAGCGACCGGAGCUCGUGGGACCAAUCAGUAUCGCAACAGAACAAGCAGCAUGCCGGCGGUUCCACGUCACAGGCCAAUGCUGGCCGAUACGAAGCGUAGCGGCGCAACGGGAGGCGAGGAGAGCGAGAUCGAAGAUGGGGUGGAAUAUUACAGACUACGAUCUUUCUCCAUAACGGCGAACGGGAUCUACAACUUGGGCGAUUCAUUAAAGACACGACGCAGCAGAAGCAUUAACAGCGUCACUUCGUCCACCAGUUGUAGCAGUACUCGGGAGAGCAGGUUGCUCAGUUCGGCCUCGCAGCUCUCCGACAUGGAGACGGGGGAGGAAGCCAGCAACGAACGGGUGACGACUUACAAAGUAGGCAUGCUGGGCGCGUCGGAAGUCGGGAAAACCGCCCUCACCGCGCAAUUCACUACGAGCGAGUAUAUUUGCGCUUACGACGCUUCCCUCGAUGAAGAAUACGGGCAGAAAAGCGUCUCCGUGAUGCUCGACGGGCAAGAAACGGAAUUGGAGAUCAUCGAUCAUCCCGCCGCGGAAAUGUCAGUCGAGAGUUUUUGUUCGACCUACAAUCCGGACGUGUACGUAGUGGUGUACUCGGUAGUGGACAGAAGGAGCUUUAAAGCCGCCGAGGAGACGUUGCUCUAUUUGUGGAAAAGCGAUUACAUGGCUACUCGCGGUGUCAUUUUGGUCGGUAAUAAAGUCGACCUCGAAAGAAAGCGGGAGGUUCCAUCGGUGGUCGGUCGUCAUCUGGCGAACAAUUGCGGCUGCAAAUUCAUCGAAACCUCCUCGGGUCUGGCCCAUCACGUGGACGAGCUCUUAGUUGGCAUUCUAGCGCAGAUCAAGCUGAAUCCGCAGCGGGACCAAGCCGCCAGACGUCAUCGGAGCAAGCACCGCAGGCGAAUCCUGAAGCAUCUGCUCGGGUUCAAGAGGAAAACCAAAAGUUGCGAGAAUCUCCUCGUUCUCUAACGUACCUUCGUUCCUUCGCAUACGGCGAAGAUAAUGAUUUCGCCGGAUAUCGAAUAUUUCGAGCGAUUGUCGUCUCAAUCGGCUCGAAAAGAAACGUGCGCUAUCUGCGGCGAGUCUUGUCGAUCGCGCUCACGUAGACGAGAAACGUAUCUGAUAAAAGCCGAAUCGGCAGCGCGAAGUAGGAAUAUCGAGCAGGCUCUCGUGGCACCAAUUGUAAGAUGGAAGAGUUCGCGCGAUACGUGACAAAAAUCGUCGAGCUUUCGCAGAGAAAUAAAAUAUGAGUAUCGCUUCAUCAUACGAUUCCAAAGCGUGAUUUUUUUAUACGAAACGUGACGCGGUGGAUUAUUAAAGUAAAGAAGAUUAAUGCAAAAUUUUGUUGCGAAACGCGCACUUACAUGCAUAAGUAAUAAUUUUAUGAAAGAGUAUCAAUGUGUGUGUAUUGCGUCGUAUUUCUCUCUCUCUCUCUCUCUUUCUCUCUUUCACCGAGAAUAAUUGUUAUUGUAUAUUUCAUCAAGAACAAUUUUGAUGUUUAUGUCAUCUCGCGCGGCUUAUGCAACGCUGCAAUUCAUUAAGAGGACAACGCGACGCUAAAUAGCAGCGAGAAACAAGUCGGGAAUAAUCAUGAAUGAAUAAUGGGAUGUACGAUAAAAAUUAUAUAUACGAGAGAUACGAAUUCUGACAAGCGAGCUAACGCAAAGUCAUAAGAGGAAAUGUGAUUUAUCGUAACACGUGGCGUUGACAACAGGAGGCUACGCGCUGCUGUCCAUCGAUUUUUGUGAAGUUUGCAGAAAUAAUAUUAUACUGCCAAUAUAUAAAAUCAUCUUUCACAUGAGUUUCAGAAGUAAAAUGAUAGAGAAUUAAAAAUAGUUUCUUAUAUAUACGCUUAUGUAGCCGCAAGAAGUAAGACAAGUAUUACUUAGCAACUUUAAAAGUGUUAUGUUUUAUAAUAACAAUUAUUAUCCAAAGAAUAUAUC